AUGAGUGGUGAUUACAGUACUUCAACUACAUUUUCAGUGAAGGCCUCACAAAUGGUACCCAACUCUGAUGAGAUGUUCUUCCUGCAAAGUCUCUCCUUUCAGGACAGCCUCAAGGAUUUGAGAACCUUGAGGCAGCAACUAUAUGCAGCAGCAGAACAUUUCGAGACGUUCUUUGACGAAGACGACAGUCGACAGUCAGUGAUCGAGUCGUCGAAAGAUUACGUCGCUAAAGCUCUUAUAAAUACUGUCGAUCAUUUGGGUUCGGUGGCUGAUAGACUCAACAGCUUCUUGGACGAAAAAACGAAAGAACUCGAAGCAACAAAUAACCGGUUCACCUGCAUACAACAGAAAGCAAGUACGUGCAGAGGAUUUGUCGAGCUUGCUGGCAUGUCGAGGCACUCGAUGGAGAUAGAAGCUGCGAAGCACCACAAGCAAUACACUGUUGAGACACUUCACUUUGGUAAACCAGAGUUGAUGUAUAAAAAUUGCACCCAACAUGAUACAUUCCAACCCAAGCAAGGUAAAAUCUUUCCGAAAGGACACUCGUGGAAACCAACGAGUGAAUUUUCUCCGAGGGCCGUCGGUUUUGCUUUCCAUAGGUUCACAUCCAACAAAGAGCCAGGUAAACAUUCGUUUUCGCCACUCGGUUUCAGCCUCAAGAGGUCCGGAUCUAUUGCUAAUAGAUCAGUCUCUUCGAACCCCACUAGCUACAAACGAAGUCCGUCAGAGCCUCGAAGAUCACUUUCAUUGCAUGUAAAUCGUGAGAUAGCUAAUAGUGGGAUGGAGACCGAACCUUACACCAAACGAAGUAAGCAUAUGUUGAAAGCCUUACUUGACGUGCACCGGUCAAGAAAGUGA